UCCUGCCAUGCCAACCUAAUAUGCUGCACCCACACGAAAGCGGACGCGCUAUCAAUUCUGGCAAACACUACACAAACUUGCCCUUUUUCUUCUAUUACACCUAUUUUUUUUCUUUCCGGCCUUCUCUCAGUCAUUGCUCUCUCUUGUUUGAAGAGAUUCUUGAGAAUUCGAAUCUAUUUUCAUAUUCUAUCUAUAUAUAUAUGUACUUUCCAUUUAGAUUUUAUGUUUUAAGCUUUCCUAAAUAACAUGGGUCUAAUCGAUUUCCCCUUUUAUAUUCACGGCCUGUUUUCUGUCCUUGUUUCUUUUUUAUUUCUAUAAAGAAAACAAUUUCAUACAGUAUUUCUUUUAAUCAUCAUAACAAAUAACCCACAUGUCUUUAUUCUCUUAGAUUACGAACUGGAUUUGAUAGAUAGAUAGAUAGAUAGAUUCGGUAAGUAAAAAUUCCUUACUUGGGUAUGGGUAUUGGGUGACCCACCCGGCACAUUCCUUCUUUCUGGGUUUUUAGGAUUAUUAUCAUAUUUGAUUUAUCCUUUGAAAUGUCUGGUGGGACACCAGUUGGCGGCGGUGGAUACAUCAGGCAGAGACAUAGCCAAGGGUAUGCCUCAAGUGGUGAUGAUCUUGAGGAUGAUGCUUGUUCAAGAGCACAGCCCUUUUCGCCCCCUAAUCAGCGAGUUAGGCCUUGGCUUGAGAUUGUCGAAAAUGUAAUUUGGAUUGCUUCUGCAAUUUUCAUCAUCUACUUCGGCGACAGACGCUCCAAUUUGAUUUAUCUUUUGUGGCAUGACGAACGGAUUAGAAGAUUGCCUUUAUACCUUGGGAUGGUGGGUGUUGGUUUGAACAUUCUUAUCUUCUUAUAUACAAUUAUGUUUGCCUGGAGUGUCAGGAGGUUCGAUGAAAAAUGGGAGCUCUCAAGUAUAUCCACUCUGCCAUUAGUUACCCUAUUGGGGCUUGUCUCCUUUUGCUUGUUUUCCUUUUCUUUGUGGCCAAUUUGGAGUUUUUUGACCCUUCCUCUUCUGUUCACACUGUUUAUGGCUUGUAUGGUUAUCUUUCCCAACAUUAUGAUUGGAACAUUCAGGACACAAAAUGAUGCAUUCCGCAUAGAUUGAGUUUCCAGAGUUUCAAGAAAGGAGAUAUUGAUUUGGAUGAAGAUUCUUUUACUCACACAUUGUGGUUGCAUUGGCUAUGGACUGAGGCCCCGAUGCGAUGAAUCUCCCGCACAGUUUUGCCUCAAUGGUGUGCGCUGCCAGAACUGAUUGUCAUUUAAUCAGCCAGUUUCAUAUUCAAUGUGAUCCUUACCUUAUGAUAACUAGAACUGAUUGUCUUUUAACCAUCAAUCAUGAGUUCAGAGAUGUGGAUCCAUUUGGUAAUGUGUCAUAGAUGUGACAAUCUGCAGUCAUAUGAUGUUAGCCUUCAGUACCUCCAUCUUCGGAAUGGGAGAGGGCAUGGUUCUGUUAUUGUAGUCAAAGUGAUAAUUUGAAUUCCCAUACUCUCAGUUCUUGUUUCA